AUGCCCGGUAACGAUGUCGACCAUGUCUCUCGCCCGCUCGACCACAGCGGACCACAUCAUUUCCGCCGCAAAUCCUCCCAGAGCUCUAACGAUCUCUUCUACGAUGCUCCUCUCAACCAGUCGAUUAAUGCCUCCUUAGCCGACUCGACCUUGUCACCUCCCCGCGCCCCCCUGCGAACAGUCACCUUCCCCUUGCGCGAUCUUCCGGGUCCCCACCAAGAAAGUGGUCGAGCGUCCCCGGAUCCCCACGAGUUCUACCGCCAGUAUCCACGUCCAGACAUCAAUACGGGUAGACAGCACCAAGCACGCGACAGUGCCAGCAAUAAAACACGACCUCCUCAAUUCCAGCGAAUUGCUUCGUUGCCAACUUAUGACACUCUCGACUCAUCCUGCACGAAUUGGGGAUCGCAAAACCGCUCCGUAUCAGAUACUUCAUAUCGAGGAUUGGAUGGCACCAAAGCAACUUCCAAGAACCCAGUAUCGAACCCCCGGCCCCGCCAGGUCUCCUUCAAGGACCUUAUCAAUAAAUUCGAAAAAACCAAUGACCAGGUCCUUCCCAUGCCACCUCGAUUCCAAGAUAGAUCAACAUCUGCAAGUCCGGCCGGCAGCCCGACAUCAACGAAAUUUCCACCGGGUGACCGGUGGAACAUGAUUAAAGCCUCAGCACAAAAUGAUGAUGGGGAUACCGUUGCACCCGCGGGCACGGUCAGUGAAACCAACGGUAAGGCGCAGACCAGCGUGGAUUCCAGACCAACCAUACCUCGACGGCCAUUGAGGUUUGGCGAGCGUCUUGCAGUUGAUACCAGCGUUCACAAUUCUGCAGCUGGGAUUCCUCCUCACAUGCGUCGAGGGUCCGAAGGCAGUAUCCCUAGUCCUAACCCAGCAACCAUUGAUCAAUUCGGCCCUUCCUCUGGCCGAUCACCCUUAACUCCGACGGCCUGGUAUCUGGGGAAAACACCAUUUUUAGAAGCCGUUGACCCAAAUGCGGAUGCCAGUCGAUCACAUCGAAGAGCAAGAAGCGACCUUCCUGGGACAACCUCUGCUGGUUUCGCUGCUUCAAAACUGGGGUGGUCGUCUUCUCACAUGGCAGCAGCUGGAUCUGCCCCCUUGCCGCAGCAGUCGCCAAGCGUCAGCACGUCUCCCGGGAGCCCGCAUUCCAAGUCACGCAUUCCUAUCUCAUCCCGCCAUUUGAGCUCCGCUUUCGUCUCGGAUGCUUCUCCCCCCAGAGCCGCUCCCCCGACAACUUUCAGCAGCCGCUCCGCCGCGCAGAUCGCCCUGCCACCGAAAGGCAUCAGCCGCCUGCCUAUACCGUCAUCUCCUCCCGAUUCCCUUCCGGGAAUGUCGGAUUAUGACGACCCGGAACCGUUUGCGACGGGCUCGAUGGGGACGGUCCAUGGUCGAGUCCGUCAACAGCAAUCGUGGAGGAAUCCUCUCUUGCAGGCGUACAUAGCUGCGCCGCCUCCGCAGAAGUCAACGCCCCCACUGCGCAGCUCUCGACCCCGCAAGCCAGUUUCCAAUGCGACUUCUCCGACCGACUCAGGAUCCAAAGUCGUGGAAAGAGUAUCCAGCAUCCAACGACGAAUCACUCGCGACCGUGAGCUCCGAGGAUCCCGCCGGGAGCGCAAACUGCCCGAGCUGGGUCAUGUCGAUUUUGCAACCCGGCGGCAGCGAAUCCAACAAGCCUUUAAUCGAACCGUCCAAGAGAAUGAACGAAAAGAGGAAGAAGCAGCGGAACUUCGACGUCAGGUUGAACCAAGAGAAGAAGAGAACGUGGACGACCGCCAUCCACCCUCGCACGGACAGCUGCAGCAACAAAACCAAUUUGAUAGUGUGCCUACUCCAACAGCAGAGGAUGGAGCCACGGUAAUUGACGACCAAGUCGAGACGUGUCAUGACGAGCACCAACCACAACCAUCCGCACAUCAACAUCUAACUAGUAAUAAUAAUAACCACUACCCAUCUAUCUCUGAACCCGAACCUUCUCGUUUUCUCCCUUCACUUCACAUCGAUACCCGUCUUCCGCCAUUGCCAGAGCUUCCUAGUGCAACGACGGCUAUGGAUUCUCCCACUUUGGGGCUUCCAAUGGUCUCGGGCAGAGACGCCACUAUUCCCCGUUCCGAACCCAAGUCGUCUCACCUGCAACCCAUGUCGGCGGUCACCUUAGAAUCCACCGACACUCAUGUGACGACGCUCGACCCAGAACCCCAGAGUGGGUUGGGCCACCCCCAACAACUGGAUACGUCACAUCGAACUUUGCUGAGUCAGAUCAUGCAAUUCCGGGAGUCUAGCCCGAGCGAUGAAUCCUCCUGCGACGAACCAGACUACAGUCUUUCGGACAACGAUGAAAAGGAAUCUAUUCCUAUCAUGCUCAGGGACGGUGCCCGCUUUGAGGAAUCCGUGAAUGGCAACGGCAGUGAUGAUCAAGACACAUGUGAUGCGUCGGACAAUUCGCAGGACCAGGCCGGCGAUGAGCCGCCCAGCAACCGCUGGAGCGCAAGCUCCUGGUCUUCUUCACUUCGUCAACAUUUUGCAGAGGCCCGAUUCGAGAAUGGCAGCGGGGAAGAUCUUUCUCACGUUGCUGCCUCCGCAGAUGACAGUGAAGUGACUACUCAAUCAUGCUCGGCUUCAUCAAGUACGCCACCGUCGGUUAUCGGUCAUCUUACCGUCACACCGCCACAGCCUUCAGCAGGAGCUUUCGAUUCUAAGAGUGAACAGACAUCUACCCGUAACACUCUCGGGCGUUCGAGCGCUCCAAGUUUGGCACGACUCGGCGGCUGGGAUUCCAAGCGGGUCACGCAGCUUUAUUUCGAAGAGCUGGCUCGUGGUCGGGGUCCCAACCUGUCAGCUCCAGGAGCCAGUUCGUCUCCGGAGCCCCGACGCCCUGAUCUUACGGACCAGAGAUCGGAUGGCCGUACAGACAGUCUCACGGAUGAUCCGGUCCUUGUCUCAAGUCUUGGCGAUGUUCCCGGGACCGAACAGCCUCGGAAUUCAGCCACUUUGCUCUUCCGGGAUGAUUGGGAGCAUGCAUCUCCGUCCAUUGCUGAUUGGAUGCAAGUUGCAGCUGACAGUGAUUCGUCAGAAGGGGAGAGAAUUGUCAGGACUCGUAAACGCAAUGACGAUCUAGCUCGUUACGAAAAGUCCAAGACACAAACACAAUCAUCCGGUGCGGACGAGUCGCAAAACAAUCUCGGUCUGGCCAUCAACGUCCAAAAACCACAGGCGCAUAACUCUUCGGAGGGUAAUUCGUCUGAACAGCAGGGUGCACAAUCAACGGAGCCGGCUGAGACUACACCAAAAGAAACUACCACGAGACAACCACCACCUUUGCCACAUCAGCCAAAGGUUUCUUCAGAUGCACCAUCAAGACAAGUGCAGCAGCGGCCACCUUCUCAUGUGCCGACACAAAGUGGCAAUUAUACGCCAUUGGGACUUGUUCAGAGCACUGAAAGCAGCGAAAGCUCUUCGCUACAGUAUAUUGAGACCACCUCCUCGCUUCGAGCUCACGCCGUCGGCUCAUCAGUAACUUCUUUGGCUCCUUCUCAGUCAGAGCAGACCAGCCUCGAUCUUAAGAGACCCUCGCCAUCCCCCGAACAACGGCGUCUCAAGAAACGACGCCAUGUCAUCAAGGAAUUGGUUGAUACGGAAUACACUUUCGGCCGAGAUAUGAAGGUGGUCGAUGACAUCUACAAAGGAACUUCGAGCUCAUGCUUGGAUCUUUCUACGGAUGAUGUCAAAAUUCUCUUUGGCAACUCGGAUCAAGUGGUCCAGUUUUCCACGGCCUUCCAAGACACACUGAAGCGUUCUGCCAAGAGUAUAUACGUGAUGCCGAAAUCUCAACGAUGGAGCAGCAAACGCGUACGCAACAGGCAAUUGAAUGGUGCCAGCGAAGAGCAAUCCUUUAUGCCUGGCACAGAAGCGUCAGACUUGGAGAAAGACCAGGCCACCUUCGUUGGCCAGGCUUUCAUGGCGCACAUGGCGCACAUGGAGAAGGUUUACACUGACUACCUGAAAAACCAUGAUGCCGCCAAUAAGAAGCUGCAAAUCCUGCAGAAAAACCAGAAGGUGACCAUCUGGCUUCAAGAAUGCCGUGACUGGGCGUCGGACCUUACAACUGCAUGGGACCUGGACUCACUGCUCGUCAAGCCUGUGCAGCGGAUUCUCAAGUAUCCUCUCCUAUUGUCCGAGCUCCUGGACUCCACACCCGCAGAGCAUCCUGACUAUGCAUCGCUGGUCAAUGCUCUCGAAGAGGUCACUAACAUCUCCGUCCGCAUCAACGAGAUGAAAAAGCGAGCUGAUCUUGUGGGCCAAGUGGUAGGCCGCAAGAGGAACCAGUCCGAUGUGCGAGCCGGUUUAUCCAAGGCGUUUGGCCGUCGUUCGGACAAAUUGCGACAACAAGUCGGCAACGUGGCCGAUAUGUUCGAAGACAAGGAGUAUAACUCGCUGUCCCAGCGGUUCGGCGACAGCUACUUCCAGAUGCAGGUUGUCAUGCGGGAUGUUGAGUCGUACACUCAGGAAGCUCAGGGUUCUAUGGACCGCUUCAAUGAGUUCGUUCUUGCUAUUGAGAGCUACGUCGAUGUGGCGCAGUCCAGGUUUACCGAUUUGGAGCAGCGGUGGCGGCAACUGAAGACUGUUGUUCAUGAUAUUAUGACGGUGGCACUGCCUGAACAUCUUGACAUUGUUCGGAAGAGUGUGAUUGAUCCGAUGAUUUCACUACUCAAGCUCUACGAUGGACCACAAAGGGUGAUGCGCAAACGCGACAAGCGACUCCUAGAAUAUGUCCGCUUCACUGCCGUCAAGGAUCGAGGAGACAAGCCAGACAAGAAGAGUGCCGAACAAGCCGAACAAUUUGUGGCCCUGAACGAAACUCUCAAGGAUGAAUUGCCGAAGCUCUAUUCUAUGACUGCCCGAUUGAUGGAGGCGUGUUUGAAGAACUUUGUUCAGAUCCAGACUACCUGGCAGAACAUUCAGCAGAAGAGGCUCACACCUUUGGUCGACUCGUUCCCUGAUGAUGUUGAGCAGAUCUUCAACGAGUGGGCUUCGGACUUUACCUUCUCGGAUGCGCAAGUGCUGUCACUUGGAAUUUGCAAUGGAUCUUUGCUUGUCGACACUAUUGGUCAGCCCAACUACAGCACACCGUCUAUUGGACCAAAGUCACGGAGGCCGUCCACGGUUAACAGCGCCAGCACACGUGUCGGGUCCGCCAUGGACGACUCGCCUAAAGUCUCUCACGAGUUCAAUACGAGCAACCCGUCCUUCCAGUCUCCCGCAGUGGACAGCCAGUCCUUUGUCUCUGUCGGCCGCCGUCGUGCUGACUCUGCUGUCUCUGGCCGGGGCGCAAGUGCACGUAGUGUUCGGGCAUCAUCACCUGAGCCAGCGCAGAAUGUCACCAGCGCUCCGACCAGCAAUCCUAAUCCGGAGCCAGUUCCCAGCUUGCCGCAGCUGAGUCUCGAAAGCCCGUUCUUGGGUGAUAUCAUCAACACCACGGCUGGUGAUAACCAACCCGCCACCCCUGCAGGUGGUCGCUACUCCGGCUUCUUCUCAUCGGCCAUGCCCAUGUCCGACAACCCAGAGGACAAUGAGCCUGACCCUAUCGAUGAGCAUCCCAAGGAACCCAAGGUGCUUUUCCUCGCGGCGAGUAUCUACGAAUUCAAUAUCGAUCGCGCACGUCGCGAAGCGGGCUAUCAGUACCUGACCUAUGUCGCGGGUGAAAUCUUCGAUGUGAUUGCCGAAAAGGGCGAAUUGUGGCUCGCCAGAAACCAGGAUGAUCCGACACAUCAAGUCGGAUGGAUCUGGAAUAAGCAUUUCGCCAAGCUGUCUGGCUAG